CCUGCACUGUGCCCAGUUCCUGCCCCUACAGAAGCAUUUGCUCUUGGAGUUUGCUGACCUGCCCCAGGGACUGGUCAGCCUGCCGCCAGCAUGCCCACCCCACUAGAGACUGCCAUGGACACCAUGAUUAGAACCUUCCACCAGUACUCUUGCAAGGAAGGGAACAGAUUCAAGCUCAACAAAGGGGAGCUGAAAAUGCUCCUGCAGCAAGAGCUAACGGAAUUCCUCUUGUGCCAAAAGGAUCCCCAGUUGGUUGAUAAGAUAAUGCAGGACCUGGACGCCAAUAAGGACAACGAAGUGGAUUUUAAUGAAUUUGUGGUCAUGGUGGCAGCUCUGACAGUUGCUUGUAAUGACUAUUUUGUAGAACAAUUGAAGAAGCAAGGAAAGUAGUAAGGUAAUCUAAAGGCAGAAACUUACCCCAAACCAUUUACUGUUCAUCUAUACCCUCCUCGAUAGUUGCAGCAAGCUAGUUACAGAUAUAAUACACAUAUUCCUAUUUGCUAGUAUUAAAUGAUGUAUACCUUAAU